UGCCAAUGAUAUUGUACUGAUGUUGAUCCGAGAAAUGGAUCCAGGACCCAUUUGAGCCAACUCGAAGGAGGAUUUUUUUAUAUCAGCCUACAGGAAUCCGGGUUAAGGGUUCACCGGGGCCAGUCCCUUCCCCGCCCCACAUAAAACACUUAAAGAGUUUGCUUUCCAAUGGUGCCAGGAAUUAUCGCUGCUGAUUAAAGCAAGGAAGUGCUAAAGCAGGAGUCCUGCUCCAGGCUGUUAAGGAAGCCAGUUCAGCAAAGCUGGCUUGUUUGGCCAGUGACCCACUAAGCUCAGCCCUUCACUCUGAACAAACAGAGGCCUGGGGUGGAGUUCAGCCCCACCUGCUUUGCUCUUGGAGGAAGAAUCCGGCUGACGGGAGGUGAGAAGUGGCCGCUGGCUCCUAAGGCACAGCACUGGCUGAGCGUGCUCUUGUGCUUGGCCGUGCACGUUGGCGAAAAGCUACACAACAGGUUUGGGGGGGGGGCCACGAGAGCCAGGGUGAGCGAUGCACACCCUUCCAAAAUUGCUCCCCAUCUUGGCAUGGGUGGCAGCGUGACUAUCUCUGCUGCGAGAAUAACGUCCAGAAUACAGGAAGUGCUCGGCUUAUGGCCAAAACUGAGACUGUGGGCAAACAAGGCAGUUGUGAAGCGAAUCGGUGCCUGCUUGUAUGAUUUAUUUAUUUUUUUGUCAUGGUGGUGAAGAAACACUAAAGGGAAGUGUGGAGAGGUUGUUCUGGAAUAGGCUGAAGCUUGCUUGACCAUUUCUUCUUCCAAACGUAUCUGCAGAGACCCAGGUGACAAGUUAAAGAAUUGCUCGCCUUUCUCCCAGGCAAAUGGUAGUUCUCUUUAUCCAGUUGGGUUUCUUGGCCUGGGCUCCCUCCUGCCACCCCAAAAUUGGGGAUUCGGGUGUGUGUGGGGGGGGGAGCAGAUAAAAAUGAUUUUUAAUAGCAGAAAAGGCAGGGAAUCUUCUGGGCCCUUCAAACACUAAUAUUUUGUCACAGAAGCUUCCAGCAUUCACAGUCCACUCCUUCUAGCACGGGUCUCUUUGGGUUAUUUAUUCUUUUCAAGUAGCUUUUAGUUCUUUCCCAGCUGGUAGGACUACUUUGUGUUCUUCCAAAUGGAAAGCAAACAAGGAAGAAGGGAAUGCUGUCGGUCCCUUCCGACUUCCUUUCCUUGCCUACCAGCUUGACCUCCGCAGGCUGGUUAAUGUUUGAUGUUGUGAUAGUACCAGCUUGUACCUGGCUCCAAAGCUCCUUCCUUGGUCAGCUCCCCAACGGUCAGAGAGGAGCAAGUGUUGACUGAACAGGACAUCUGAGCCUGGGGAGGAGUCUGGUGGUCAGCUGAUGGCAGGAGAAUCCGCACAACCUCGUGGCAUCCUGCAAUGUUGUGAUUACUGGGGUUGAGCUCAGAGCUUCUGGUUGAGGCACUGCUCAACCAAUCAAACACCCAUUCAUCCAUCAGCUGGAGUUUCUCAUCAGACCAUUGAGUUCCUCUACUCUCUGCUUCUCCCUCCCUCCUCCUAGGAGUAGGGAGAGAUGUAUUUUUAGGCUCCCGUGUACUUGUAAGCAUAAGACAACUGAAACUCUUGCACCAGCUACCACAUGGGGGUGAGUAAGCGUGCGUCUUCCCCUGGAGAGUCUUAUCCCGGCAGCUGAAAAGAGCAUAAAUAAAGGUGGUGGAUCCAUAUCAAAGCCUGUGUGUGUGGAAAGCGCAGGAGACUGGCAGUUUAUCAACCUGUCCUUCGCUUUGGAAAGAACGCUAGAAGCCUGGAUCUGUCGAAUAGCAGAUGAACACCACGACACACACCAACUGGUCUUCUCCCGCCCCGGAAAAGCUCCUGACAUCCAGCAUGGUUGCUACCUCAUUCCAUUUCUUCUUUCCAGCGAUGGCCUCCAGCCAUUUAAUUGUGGAGGACGGUUCCCAGCUAAGGGCUGAUCAGAAUCACUCCCAGGAGACUCAGUCCCUCUUUUUGACUACAUCCACAGCAAAAGCCAUCUCAGGUCUCUUUGUCUGGACAGCGCUGAUCCUUACUUUCCACCAGAUCUUCCUGCACCUGAAAAAUUACACCAUUCCCAACGAGCAGCGCUACAUCAUCCGGAUUCUCUUUAUUGUCCCCAUUUAUGCUUUCGAUUCCUGGCUUAGUCUCCUGCUUAUUGGCAGCCACCAGUACUAUGUUUACUUCGACUCGGUGCGGGACUGCUAUGAAGCAUUCGUGAUUUACAGCUUCCUGAGCCUCUGCUUUGAAUAUCUUGGAGGGGAAAGUACCAUCAUGGCGGAAAUCCGAGGGAAGCCCAUUGUCUCUAGUUGUCUCUAUGGAACUUGCUGUCUCCAAGGGAUGUCUUACUCCAUUGGGUUUCUUCGGUUUUGCAAGCAGGCCACCUUGCAGUUCUGCAUCAUCAAGCCGGUCAUGGCUAUCCUCACCAUCAUUCUCCAAGCGUUUGGGAAAUACCACGAUGGCGAUUUCAACAUCCAUAGUGGAUACCUUUAUAUUACCAUCAUCUACAACUUCUCGGUCAGCCUGGCCCUCUAUGCCCUGUUCCUCUUCUACUUCGCCACCAUGGAGCUUCUGAGACCUUUUGAGCCAGUCCUGAAGUUUCUCACCAUCAAGGCUGUCAUCUUCCUCUCCUUUUGGCAAGGGAUGUUGCUGGCCAUCUUAGAGAAAUGUGGGGUCAUCCCAGAGGUUCAGAUCAUUGACGGGAAGACGGUGGGAGCCGGCACUGUUGCGGCUGGCUACCAGAACUUCAUUAUCUGUAUCGAGAUGCUGUUUGCUUCCAUCGCUCUCCGUUAUGCUUUCACCUGCCAGGUGUACCGAGAGAAAAAGGAAAGUGCCACAGCAGGUCUGGCCCCAUUGCAAAGCAUUUCCAGCGGGCUGAAGGAAACGAUGAGUCCUCAAGACAUCGUUCAAGACGCCAUCCACAAUUUCUCCCCAACCUACCAACAAUACACGCAGCAGUCCAUGCAGGAGACGGGAGCGGGGCUUGGACAGAAUGGCCACGUGAGUCCUCCAGUAGAUACCUCACAGAGCAAGAAGAAGAGCCUUGAGAAAAGGAUGCUGAUCACUUCUGAUGAUGAAUUGUAAAGAGGCACCUUGAAGGAAGGAGAAUUUGAGUUUUUGAGGUCUUCUUGCCUCUCUCCAGCCCAACAGCUGUCAAUCGAAUCACACUACGUUGUUGAACAAAGCAAUGGAGGCAUCUCAUUCUUGUUCUCAGCUGGCUAUCGGAAGACCCUACCUAGGCUGACUUCCCAGAUACAGCCAGGCCUAUCCUACUUGCUUGUUGCCAUGGCAAACACAUCCAAGAGAUUUUGAUACACUUGUUGCUGGUCCAAACACCUGGCAGCCUAGAAGACUGAGGGAAACAGAAUUUCUCAGUGGACGCAGCUCCUCACAUUCCCAAUGCAUGGAAAUAAUGCUGAUUAUUGGCAAAGAAGGAACAAGGGAAUGUAGGGAUGGACAGAAUUGGAUGAAAUCAACAUUUUCAUCCAGCUAUUGCAGCUCAGUCCCACUGAAACUGGAUUCCCAUUAUUAUCAUCCUUUUUUGUGGAUCCAAUCCACUGGGUCAAGAAUCAAUAGCUCAGAGCCCGAGAAAUAAAAGCACUUUUUUUCUUUCCAACACAACGUGCGGCAACAGGAUGAGGAAUUAUAGCACUAGAUUCCUUUACAAACUUGCAUUGAGGCUGUAAAGCAUCUGAUCCUAGAAUGCAGAGGUGUCAGAGGUAAAUCUUGAAAGAAGAGGUGUUGCAUUACAUUGAAAGCUCUUUUGGUGAACCACUUCAAUGAAAUAGAUGAAGAUGAGGACAUCUGCUUUUCGAAUGACUGAAAAACCACGUCAGCAGAAAUACAGAUAAUGGAGGGGAUUUUUUUCCUUCUUUUUAUGGCCCUGUAAUCCUUUAUCAGGGUGGAAUCAGGGCAUGAACGGAGCUGAGCAUUUACUGGCUGGAUGCCCUUCCUGACACCAAUGCAGAGUGCACAGUAGAUAUUUUCUCUUUGUGCCCUGAUAAACAUCUGUUGCUACCUAGGACUGAACUCUCAAUCUCCCAAUUGUGAGUUUAGCAUAUGCAUCUCUAGGCCACUGCACCACUCGAGAUAAUUGAGGGGAAUAUUAAGGCAAAAUCAGAACCAAUUAAAAUUAUUCCAGGGGAGAUUUGUUUCUGAACACCUAUAUAGCAGGUUCACAUAGGAUGAAGUAGAUUUCUCCCAGAUGGUUUUGGACUUCAUCUCCCAUUCUUUCCAACCAGCAUAACUUUGGAGUAAAGGCUGAAGUGUGUUAAGAGGUUCUCUGUGGCUGGUGUACUUCCCCAUGGCAUGGCUGUGUUGAUCUAUUGUACUUCUUCCUAACUGGAGGGUCCAGGUUCCCGAGCGAUGGCUAUGAAUCUCGUGUCAAUCUGUACAUUUCAAAAAUUUAAAUUAUAAAAACAUUUGUAGUAUUUUUUCCCCA